UUCGGUGAGCGCUUUGAGUUGAACUCGAUUUAGUUUUGCUGCACUCCAUGGACGUUACCUUACAGCAAUGAGACUGAUUGAUCCGAAACUAAAAUCAUGACUUUACAAAGUGUCCUUCAAAUUAAUGGCAACGCGAAUUACAUGGCAGCGAAUUCUUCGCCGUCCAGCUGCGAUCCCUAUUCUGAGAUCUCCAACCGGAGCUUCUCUGCUGAAACUGAUAACAAGCGUCUUCAGAUUCUCGCCAACACGCUAGGGACACUGCCCCGUGGGCGCAGACAGCUUUCUUUGACUAGAUCAAACUCUUUGGCAGACACUUCAUAUUUUCAAAAAAAAAUUGUUGUUUUAAACAAGCAAGAUAAUGAAACCUUUGGAUUUGAGAUUCAGACCCUUGGAAUGGACCAGCAAAAUGCUAAUGCAUUGGAGAUUUGCACUUAUGUGUGCAAUGUGCAUGAGAACAGUCCCUCUCAUUUUGCAGGGCUGAAGGCUGGUGAUAUGCUAGUUAACAUCAAUGGAGUGGAUACUGAAAGGUUUAGUCACAGAGAAAUUGUAGACCUAAUUAAGUCAUCUGGUAAUUUAUUAAGGCUGUUGACUAUUAAUAAAGAAUCUGUCAAAAGAGGUGAACUUGAAACAAAAUUACAUUUUUUAAAGAAAACACUUCAAGAGAAAUGGGUGGAGUACCAAUCGCUUAUGCUACAGGAACAACGCCUAGUUCAUGGACUCUUGAGGAACAAUAGCACAGCAGAAGUUGCAGACUCCUUUCUAUAUGACAAUAUUGCGUUAUUUGGGUCAGCCACACGGAACAAGGAAAGAUUUUCCAGUGACAGCAGCUGCAGGAGCCAACUCAGCCUAAUGACUGAUGACAGCGAGGAUUCCGACUUCCAACUCAGUGUAUUUGAUGAUUCAGCCACUGGAAGUCACUGUAGGCGGAGUAGCAUGGACGAAGAAUGCUUCUUACACAGGGAAACUGAUAUGUUCACUCCAAAACGUCAACUGAGCAGGAGCAGGAGUAUUAGUGUGACCAGUAGUGGGAGUGGAUACAUGUCACCAUCAUGGGACUUGCACAGUGGCUGUGGGACAGUUCCUCGAAAAAGCAAGAAAUCGAGUGUUAGGAAACGUCUCAUGAAGUUCAUCCCAGGCUUAAAUAGGGCAGUGGAAGAAGAUGAGAGUCAUUUUUAGAUUUUUAAUUAUUUUUUUAAAGCAGUAGUAGUACUGCUAGUUUCAUGAUGGCAUUAAGGAGCAAUAAGAAAAUGUGGCAUUAAUCCAUGUAAACAAAUCUAUUGAUUGCAGAAUGGAUCUCUGAGCAACACAAAAAUGUAGUAAAACCUGUCAAAGAAAUUGUAUAGCUUUAGUCAAAAAUUAACUUCUCUGAUCCAAGUAUUGAAGGUGAGGUUUAUUGAGCAAUAUGUUCAUAUUUCAUAUCAACAAUUGUUUCCAUAAGCUUGUGAUUUUAAAAGUCAUAGUCCUUCAUUUAAGUACACUCUUAUACUUGACAACUAUAUGGAAAAGUUUUGAAAACUUCGGUUACAUCUCAAUCUGUCUAAACUAUAUAUAAAAGGAGCAAGAAAAACAUCCCUUUUUUCCAUUCUGCAGUUGGAAAUUUACAAGUAGCUGACAAUUUACAAACUUCCCUCACCAAGCAGCAACUAAACAUGGAUUGACCUCAGAAUCUCUUUAAACCAAUUCCCAUGGGGAGCAAUGGAGUUCUGACUUUCAAAGAAUAGGAUGAGUUAUCUAUUGUUUGUGAUGUGAUGUUAACUGCUGAGCCACUAGAACUUGUAGAGUUGGUGUGAAUGCAUCUAAUUUGCUAGGAGACAGUAGAUGCCUAGACCACUAAAGGAGCAUUUAAUACACCCAUAGGCUCAAAACUGAGAGAAAACCCAGUGCUCGCUUAUUAGUGGGGUAUUGGGGUGUUCCACAGCCACCUCCUUCAGACUCCAUAAUUGCUUCCCGACAACCUCCUCUCCCCCAACCCCUCUGUAAAGGGAUCUAUCCAAUUUUAGAAAAUAUUUGUAAUCUUCUUUUGGAUAUCCAAGCUCUCCUCAACUGGAGCUUCCCAUCUUCCCCCUGGACCAUCUCUGGGGUCCACUUAAUCUCAUCCCCAGGUUGGUACAUCCUGUCUCAUUUGACCUCCAUUUCUACAUUGGGUCCUGACUGAUACAGGGAAAGUGAAACAGCAGAAGAGGGAGUCCUCACCCCAUGGCCAGGUCCCUGAUGUCACUUUAAGCAGUUCCACCCCUUAAAAGGCCAACUGGAAAUCCAAGAAUAGGUAAGGAACUGGCCCAAACAGGUCAUUACUGUUUUCCAGUGGCUCCACCUGCCCUGGUAUACAGGAGUCUAACGGAAUAUUUGAGGCCAAGUUUUUAUCCUCAUUAAAUACAAAUAACUUCUAAAAUGGUGUGGAUAACAAAGGUGAAUUAUUUAGAUUAUUAUUAACAGCUUGAUUUUUCUUCUAUGAAAAAUAUGCUCCAAAGGGCUGGCAAGCUGUAGCUGGAUUUAUGUUAUGUCUUAUUUAACUGAAGUUAUUAGUUUCUUAUGCUUACUACUACAAAGGUCCUUUACGGUCUUAACACUUAAGAUUACUUGGGGAGGUCUGAAGAUAAAAGUCAUAAUUACAAACUUACAGUAUUGGAAAAUGUAUAUGCAGUGCAUACUGAUGUGUGCAAUUUUUAAUGAACUUUCCAUUUAAUAGUGAACUCCUUACUCAAAGAUAACAUUUAACUUCAGCAUUGUAAUAUAUAAUAGCUAUUGCUGGCUUCCAAUUACCUUUUUGAAAAAUAACUGGUCUUUUUGGAAAACCAGAAAUCUAAUGUUACAAGAGACCAGUGAACUCAUUUUGAAACCAUCAGUGGAUGGAAAAAAGUUUCUGAAGCGACAAUAUGAUUCAAAUGUGUUAUUGAGGUCGUUAAUGUGUUAUCAACUGUGCAUAACGUUUUUUGGUAUUUGUAUAAUGUUCAUGAUAUAUUGUGCAGUGACUGUAGAUGAUUAAAUUUAUUAGUAGCACAGGACAAAUGUCACAGUAAAAUAGCUGAGUGCCAACACAAGCAUCGCUUGAAUCACUUAUUCUCAGGAAUGAAGUUCCCUAGAGUUAGCACCUUUUGCUAUACUGACUAGAGUUAUGUGCAUUCAAACAAAACUUAAGUGCUGGGAUGGAGAGAACUACCAAGUUAGAUGCAAGGAUGUAAAACAUUUGGCAAAUUAUUGCCAGUAUAAUGAUUACAUUUAAAACUAUAUAAACCAAAUAAUUAUUUAAUUGGUACAAUUAUCUUAGAAAUAAUUAAUGUUGAUCAUCUGUGAUCUACAUCCACUUAGAUUGUGAUUAUUGAAUGUACUGUAUUAUCUAGUUGUACAUAGAUGCAACACUGGAAAAUUAUAUGCUAUAUUGGAUACAAUAAGAGACUUGUUUUCUGCCAGAUGUGCUUUAGAAGAAAGGUAUACAGAGUCAAGUUAAAGUCUGGAUAUAAGGUGAAAGCCUCAGACUAGAUUAGAUGCUGGUUUGAGGCAAACUCAAUGAUAAUAAUCACCCUUAAUAUUUCUUCAAAAUAGCUGCUCUGUGAAGGGUAUUAUUGACCAUUUAAAAAUUGCUGAUUUCUAUGAUGGUAAGAACAGUUUGUAAUUUAAUUGGAAAAAAGGUUCUACCAUUCUUCAGAGGUUCACUGUGAAAUGUAAUUGCAAGAUUUUUCAGAGUUCAAUUUUGAUGUUGUGACCAAGUAUAGAAAAUCAAAAACAACACAAACACUCUGGAGGUUGAUCUUUGUAGUCAUUUUCCAUAUAAAGCUAUCCAUGAAAAUCAA